AUGUUGUUCUCUCUGCUGUGGCUGCUGCUCGUCUGCAGCGCCCAGGCUUCUCAUUUUUAUGGGACAGUGAUGACCUUCUACCCAAAAAACACAAAUGCAGACGGCUCUGUCACGGUGGUCCUUCGCUAUAAGCUCGGCUUCGAGAGUUGCUCACAUGAUGACACGUGGGACUGCCGCACUGGGGACUGUGGGACUCAGACCUCUUUGGUGCUGAAUACUGUCAUAGAGAUCAGUGGAGAGUGGUGUCAGAGAGAGGGAAUCAUGACUCGGCAGAUUGCCAGUAACGCUCCAUUUGAGCUGCAGUUGGAUGGCGGUAACUGGAUAAAUGGCAUCAGAAAUGGCAUCGUAUCCUGGAGAGCUCUGACUCUGGUGGACCUGAGGAUCCGGUCUGACACCGGCCGAGCCAACACGUCACCGCAGACCACCAUCCUGCCAGCUCUGAGAGUCCCUUCAAACUGUCCGAGAGAUUUCAACCUGUUGGCGUUUGACCCGGACGGAGAUGAAGUUGAAUGCAGAUAUGGAAACACAAACACAGAGUGCAACCCCUGCACACUGCCGUCUGUCCUCAGCCUCUCAACAUCCUGUACUCUGUCAUUCAGCCAAACCUCAAGCAGUGAUGAAGGUGCGUACGCUGUACAGCUGGUGAUGGAGGACUUCCCGGGGGGGGUUAUCGCCCUGACUAAAACUGACGGGGUGCAGACAAUCAUAUCCAGCAGCACUGCUAUCAGCAAACUGCCAGUCCAGUUUGUUUUACGGGUGGACCCUGUGGUGCCGUCCUGCACAGAGGGACUCUAUCUACCCAGGUUCCUUCCUCCGACCCCAGCCAACAGAGCUCAGCUGUACACCCCUGUCAAUCAGGCCCUGGAAAUCACCAUCAGUGCAUCUGCCAGUAACUCCAUGAUCUCUGAGCUGCUGUUCAGUGGACCGCACAACAUAAACCUGACAAAUACAACAGGACUGUACACCCUGACAUGGACGCCAUCUGAAAAUGAGGAUGGAGAAAGCCACCCUGUCUGUUUUGUCGCCGAAGCAAAGUUAAAUACAAGCAAGUAUCACUCUGAGCUCCGCUGUGUCAUUGUGACUGUUGGCAAUGACCCGAGAACAACCACAACCAGUCUUCCAACAACCACACCAGUAGCUACAACAACCAUCACUACCACAUUAACUACAACCACCAUUCCCCCAACGACUACCACCACAACCACUAUUCCCCCAACAACCACCACCACAACCACCAUUCCCCCAACAACCACCACCACAACCACCAUUCCCCCAACAACUACCACCACAACCACCAUUCCCCCAACAACUACCACCACAACCACCAUUCCCCCAACGACUACCACCACAACCACCAUUCCCCCAACGACUAGCACCGCAACCACCAUUCCCCCAACAACUACCACCGCAACCACCAUUCCCCCAACGACAACAACCACCAUUCCCCCAACAACUACCACACCCACCAUUCCCCCAACGACUACCAUUCCCCCAACGACUACCACCGCAACCACCAUUCCCCCAACGACUACCACCGCAACCACCAUUCCCCCCCCAACAACUACCACCACAACCACCAUUCCCCCAACGACUACCACCGCAACCACCAUUCCCCCCCCGACUACCACCGCAAUCACCAUUCCCCCAACGACUACCACCACAACCACCAUUCCCCCAACGACUACCACUGCAACCACCAUUCCCCCAACGACUUCCCCCCUACCAACAACCACCAUUCCCCCAACGACUACCACCCACCACUUUUCCCCCCCAACGACCACCACACAACCACCAUUCCCCCAACAACUACCACUGCAACCACCACAACGACUACCACUACAACCACCAUUCCCCCAACGACUACCACCGCUACCACACCAUUCCCCCAACGACCACCGCUACAACCACCAUUCCCCCAACGACCACCGCUACAACCACUUUCCCCCAACGACCACCACCACUACAACCACCAUUCCCCCAACAACCACCACACUAACUACAACCACUAUUCCCCCAACGACCACUACCAUUCCCCCAACGACCACCACUACAACCACCAUUCCUCCAACGACCACUACCAUUCCCCCAACGACCACCACUACAACCACCAUUCCCCCAACAACCACCACACUAACUACAACCACCAUUCCCCAACGACACUACCAUUCCCCCAACGACCACCACUACAACCACCAUUCCUCCAACGACCACUACCAUUCCCCCAACGACCACCACUACAACCACCAUUCCCCCAACAACCACCACACUAACUACAACCACCAUUCCUCCAACACUACUACCAUUCCCCCAACGACCACCACUACAACCACCAUUCCUCCAACGACCACCAUUCCCCCAACAACCACCACACUAACUACAACCACCAUUCCUCCAACGACUACUACCAUUCCCCCAACGACCACCACUACAACCACCAUUCCUCCAACGACCACUACCAUUCCCCCAACAACCACCACACUAACUACAACCACCAUUCCUCCAACAACCACCACCAUUUCCCCAACAACCACCACACCAACUCAAACUGUUCCUUCUUCAACAACUACACCAACUAAAAGUCCGUCAAGUCCACCACCAACUAGCACACCUGCACCUGAAGCCUCUGACAGAAUUAUUGUAGGUCUAAGAGUGAAGCUUUCCUCUACCACUCCACUGUCUGAGGACUUCAUCAGGAGUACCAUCAUACAACAGAUUAGAGAUGAACUGUUGAGACAAAGACUGCCACCUGAGAUGACUCUAGGCCUCGUGAGUAUUUUGCAAACGGACUAAACAACCACAGCGACCCCUGCUGACUCAACACCAACAUUUAUUGACCCUGGAGAGAAAUUAUGUUUCCAGUUUCAAGUUAGCAGCUUUUUCAAGCCAAGGAAUUUAAAAAAGUCCAAAUCUGGUGAUUAUUUUUGAACAUUUAAACAUGUUUACAGUAUUGGAGAAGUCUGUAGUUUAAAUACUUUUUAAAUACUCCAUUUAUGUCCAU